CUAGUACUAAGAAAUGGCCUUGAGCGGCACGCUGGCGUAGUGUGUAUGUACUAGAUAACACGCAGGGUGCUCUACAUCUGAUUGGUGUGUUACAGUUCGUGUUGUGGAGAUAGUUUGACGGUGGCAUAGAGGCACGUGACAAAACUCACGUGAUAACAGAAUGGCGUCACUGAGAGCAUUAUAUGACGUCAUCGUGAUUGGCGCAGGGAUCGAGGGCUCGUCGAGUGCUUACAACUUGGUCAAGAGCGGGAAAAGGGUUCUUUUGUUGGAACAGUUUCCAUUACCCCACUCUCGCGGAAGUUCACACGGACAGAGCCGCAUCACCCGCUACGCCUACGAGGAAGAUUUCUACGUCCGGAUGAUGGUUGACGCCUUCCCCAUGUGGGCGGAGCUUGAAAGGGAAUCUGGCGUAGACUUUUUUGUAAACUGCGGCACACUAGACAUGCGCCAACCCGGAUCACGUGGUCUCCAGGAAGUCGCCAACUCUCUCCGGGCACACAACGUCCCCCACGAGGUGCUGACCCCUGCUGACGUCAGAAGGCGAUUUCCGGUCAUCAACGGGGGCGACAACUGUGGUGGGAUCUGGGACCCCAGUGGGGGUAUUUUACGUGCGGACAGGGCACUGCGGGCAUUUCAGACGGUGUUCAAAGACCACGGCGGAGUUAUCCGUGAUGGGGAGAAAGUGUGCUCUAUAACACCAGGGGGCGCUACCGUCACCGUGAUGACGUCACGCUCCGUCUACACCGCCUCCAGUGUCGUCAUCGCUGCCGGAGCCUGGGCGGGUCCGUUGUGUGCCUCCCUGGGGCUGCACCUACCUCUACAGCCAAUCAGAGCCAAUGUUUACUACUGGAAGGCCGAAUCUGGCGCAGGUCCAGACUACGCGUCCAGCAGGUUUCCAUGCAUCAUUGACUCGCGUAAACACUCGGGCUAUGACGUGUACAGUCUGCCCAUGGAUGAGUACCCGGGCUUGGUCAAGGUUUGCUACUAUACCGGCCCAGAGAUUGACCCGGAUGAGAGGGACAAGGUCGGCAGCGAUGAGUGGGUGGUGGACAGGGUCAGGGACACCCUGACCUCGACCUUUCCAACUCUGGAGAGGGAGCCGGCCAUUCGGGAGUACUGCAUCUUCACGAAAACCCCUGAUUUACAUCCCUUUAUAGACCGGCACCCCAGACACCCUAAUAUAAUAAUUGCUGUCGGUUUUUCGGGUCACGGCUUCAAGCUGGCCCCAGCUGUAGGUAAAGCCGUGUGUGAGCUGGUCUUUAACCUACCCCCACCUACAACAUGAAGCCGUUCAAAAUCGAUCGGUUCGCUCCCAAGUCUAGUCUAUAGGCGAAAUGCUUAGAAAGACUGUCGAGUUUUGCCACCAUGUCGAAGUUAAAGUCGAGUUUGGCGACCAAAAAAAAAAACAAAA